AUGGACGAGGGGGGCACACUCCUGCUCCCCGACUGCCUGCUCUAUCAGAUCUUCCUGAGCCUGGGCCCCAGCGACGUGGUGGCGGCGGGACAGGUGUGCCGCCAGUGGCAGGCCGUGUCCCGGGAUGAGUUCCUGUGGAAGGAGCAGUUCUACCGCUACUACCGGGUGGCCCGCGAUGUGCCGCGACACCCAGCCGCCGCGUCCUGGUACGAGGAGUUCCGGCGGCUCUACGACACGGUGCCGUGCGUGGAGGUGCAGACGCUGAGGGAACACACGGACCAGGUCCUGCACCUGAGUUUCGCCCACUCGGCCUCGCAGUUCGCCUCCUGCUCCAAGGACUGCAGCGUCAAGAUCUGGAGCAACGACCUGGUGGUCUCCCUGCUGCACAGCGCGGACAUGCGGCCCUACAACUGGAGCUACACCCAGUUCUCCCAGUUCAACCAGGACGACUCGCUGCUGCUGGUGUCCGGCGUGUUCCUGGGGCCCCACAACUCCUCCUCCGGGGAGAUUGCCGUCAUCAGUCUGGACACCUUCGCCCUGCUGUCCCGCGUGCGCAACAAGCCCUACGACGUGUUUGGCUGCUGGCUCACCGAGACCAGCCUCAUCUCCGGGAACCUGCAUCGGAUCGGCGACAUCACCUCAUGCUCCGUGCUCUGGCUCAACAACGCCUUCCAGAACGUGGAGUCCGAGAAUGUGAACGUGGUAAAGCGGCUUUUCAAGAUCCAGAACCUCAACGCCAGCACCAUCCGCACCGUUAUGGUGGCCGACUGCAGUCGCUUUGACAGCCCUGAGCUGCUGCUGGACACUGGCCGCCCAGCCCAGAGCUCCUGCCGAGUGUUUGACCUGGGGGAAGGCAGCAGCAGUGAGACCACGGGCCCAACCCCGGCCAAGGAGGGUCUGCGGCACUUCCUUGACGACAUCUUGGAUGGGCAUGUGCAACCCACACUGUCCGAGAACAUGCUGGAGACCAGAGUGGCCAAGCUGCUGGCCCAGGGCCGUACCAGGCCUCCUGAGCCAGUGGCCGGCGACAGUAAGAAGUACCUCAUCUUCACCACGGGCUGCCUCACCUACUCACCGCACCAGAUCGGCAUCAAGCAGAUUCUGCCGCAUCAGAUGACGACAGCAGGGCCGGUGCUGGGGGAAGAACGGGGCACGGACGAGUUCUUCGACUCCCUGGACCACGUCAUAGAUGUACACGGGCAUGUCAUCGGGAUGGGCCUGUCGCCUGACCACAGGUACCUGUACGUGAACAGCCGCUCCUGGCCCAGUGGAGCCGUGGUGGUCGACCCCUUGCAGCCCCCGCCCAUUGCUGAGGAGAUCGACCUGCACGUGUUUGACCUAAAGACCAUGCAGGAAGUGAAGCGUGCCCUGCGUGCCCACCGCGCCUACACACCCAAUGAUGAGUGCUUCUUCAUCUUCCUCGACGUCAGCAGGGACUUUGUGGCCAGUGGGGCGGAAGACCGGCACGGCUACAUCUGGGACCGCUACUACAACAUCUGCCUGGCCAAACUACAGCACGAGGACGUGGUCAACUCAGUGGCCUUCAACCCCCGCGAGCAGGACUUCCUGCUGACUGCCAGUGACGAUGCCACCAUCAAGGUCUGGCGGUCCCCUCGCACCAUGCGUGCUCUCCAGGCCCCACGCCCACGCCCACGCCCCUUCUUCUCCUGGUUUGCUAGCCAGAGGCGCUGA